GGUGAACAUAAAGGUCGGUUGAAACCCUAAGUUAGGAUUUUAAUUUUUAAACAUUAAACCGAAAGAAAUUUUGUGAUUAAAGGAGGAAUCGAAAACCUAAAAUCCCAAUCGGCGAGAGUGAGGUGCAAUGGGAGUGAUUAAAGAGGGUAGAGUAUCGGGCACGUUGCCCAACAGUGAGGCGUUUGCCGUGCACUAUCCGGGAUAUCCGAAGACGGCCGAUCGCGCCAUCCAGACUCUUGGAGGAACUGAAGGGAUUCUCAAGGCUCGUAGCUCGCUGACAAACAGAUUGGAGCUCCAUUUUCGUCCCGAAGAUCCUUUCUCGCAUCCCGCAUUUGGCGACCUUCGUCCCUGUAGCAAUUUGCUGCUUAGAAUAUCGAAAAAGAAGUGUUCUAAUGGGAAAACUACCGAAGCUUCUAGUAAGUUACAUGAAUGUUCAACAUCUGGAGUAACUGAUUCGGAAAAUACGGUACGGCCUCCUCAAGUUGAAGUGCAGAGGCCAGAAGAAGAAGAAGAAGGAACUGAGCUUUGUGCUGAUAUCGUUUCUCGUAUCUCGGAAGCAUAUAAUUUUGAUGGAAUGGCUGAUUAUCAGCAUGUUCUCCCGGUUCAUGCCGAUGAUGCCAGGAAAAGAAAGAGAAAUUGGGAGGAAGCGGAGGAGCCAUCCUUUGAAAAAGGUGGGUUCAUGGAUGAGGAUCAGGGGGAUGUGAUGAUGAUUUUGCCCCCGCUCUUUUCACCCAAAGAUAUUCCGGAGAAUGUAGUGUUAAGACCAUCAACCAUCUUAAGUUCAAAAAAGAAACAAGAGGGAGUUGUACAGUUUAGUGCGGAGGUUGACCUAGAGCCAGGCCUUGCAAUUGAUUUCAACAUUAAAGAGGUUCCUAAGACUGUGAACUGGGAAGAACUUAUAACCCAAGGCUCAGAGCAGUGGGAGUGGCAGAUGAUUGUAUCUAAGCUGUUUGAUGAACGACCUAUAUGGCCCAAGGAAUCAAUAACUGAGCGCUUGCUUGAGAAAAGUCUAAAAUUUAGCCAUUUGGUCCUUAAAAGGCUUCUACUUGGGGUUGCUUACUACUUUUCAAAUGGACCAUUUCUAAGAUUCUGGAUCAGAAAAGGAUAUGAUCCUCGCAAAGAUCCUGAAUCUCGCAUAUAUCAGAGAACUGAAUUUCGUGCACCUGAACCAUUGCGAAGCUAUGCAGAUGCUAGUGCAGCUAAUAACUUGAAGCAUAAGUGGGGAGAUUUAUGUUCUUUCCAAGUAUUUCCUUACAAAUGCCAUACAUUAUUUCAACUAUUUGAACUGGAUGAUGAUUACAUUCAACAAGAGAUAAGAAAGCCUCCGAAACUAGUAACAUGCAAUCCUAAAACAGGCUGGUUCUCAGAGUGUAUGCUUGAUUGCCUGAGACUUCGCGUAGCAGUAAGGUUCUUAUCAAUAUAUCCUGAAGCUGGUGCAGAAAGCAUAUUGAAAUCUUACUCCGAUGAAUUUGAGAAGUUAAAGAGAUCAUGCAUGUACAAGGAUGUCUUCAACUCUCAAGAAGAGCACCGGCAAACUAAUAAAGGUGAUGAAGAUAAAGAGAGACCCAAAAAUUCUGAUAAUGAGGAAGAUGAAGUUGAGGCUGAUGAUGAAGAGGAAUUGGAUAUGUAUGAGACACUUAAUCUUGAUGAUGAAAUCUCUUUGCAACCUGAUACAUAUUUAGAUAUGGAGAACAACUCUAGGACAUACUUGCAAGAGCUUUUUGGUAGCUUUCCAUCAACGGUAUCUGGUGCUGCUGAUGCUAUACAGGCAGCAGACGGUAGUGAUGGGGAAUAUCAAAUAUAUGAGCAAUUUAGUGAUAAUAACUACUCUGAUGAUGAUGACGAAGAUGAUGGUGAUGAUGAUGACGGUGGUGAUGACAACUAACAUUCGUAGCCCAGAAGUUUACAGAUGGGUGCUGCUGCUGAAUCAUUUGUAAAUUAAUUACAGGACAUGGACAUUUGUAAAUUAAUUACAGGACAAGGACAUUUGUAAACUAAUUAAAGGAGGCAAAAUGAAUUUCUUUUUUUCCC